CGAUGUUUACAUUUCGUCUUGUUUGUAAACAUCAACAUGUGAUCACUCUGUCUAGUGUCGAUCAGUGCACUGUCACUGUCAUGACUGUCAACUCGGAGAUUCUUCACUAUAAUAAGAUUCCACCAAAACGAGCUUGCAUAGUCUUGCCACAAUCCUGCUAGUAUAAUUGAUAUAGAAAGGAGAGAAUCUCACCAGUCUACAAUUUAAAUCACAGCGCGGAUCGUCUAUAAUAGCUGAAAGCCAUGAUGUUUCUCCUAAUCUUCAUUAUAUGUUUCCACAUCCCUUCAUCAUGCAAAGCGAUGAGCAGUGGUAGUCAAAACAGCAAUGACCAAAGACCUAAUUUCAUCAUCAUGUUUGCUGAUGAUUUGGCAUGGGGUGAUCUAGGGGCUAAUUGGGGUCAAGGUGGACUUCCUAGUGACACGCCAUUUAUGGAUCAGCUAGCAGCCAAGGGUACAAGAUUUACAGAUUUCCAUGCUGCUGCAUCGGUGUGUACACCCUCCCGUGCCUCCCUGCUGACAGGGCGACUUGGCAAGAGGACUGGGGUCGUGGCUAACUUUGGUUCAGCUUCGGUUGCUGGACUGCCCUUGAAUGAAACCACUUUUGCAGAGACAUUCCAAAAUGCUGGAUAUCGCACCAGCAUGAUCGGCAAGUGGCACCUUGGGAUGCAUGGGCCGUACAGUCCUGUUCACAGGGGGUUUGAUUCUUAUUUGGGAGUUCCUUACAGUAACGACGGGGGAUGUAUGGACAACCCUGGGUACAAUCUACCAAUGUGCACACCAUGCCCGAAGGAUGAGAAUAAUCCCAUGAUGUAUACAAAUACAUCCACUGAUGGUUCUUGUGCGGAAGGAUUAGGUUUGCCUUUGAUUGAGAACACAACAAUUCUUGAGCAACCAUUAAACAUGGAGACUCUAGCUGGGCACUACAAGAGUCAUGCGGAGAAGUUUAUUAAACAAAGUGUACAGGAGGGCAAACCAUUUCUACUCUACGCAGCUUUUUCCCACGUUCAUGUCCCGCUUCUUUACAAUCCAAAAUUUGCCAACUCUUCCGCCCGGGGACCGUUCGGGGACACAGUGCGAGAGCUUGACGAUACAGUCGCAGGAAUAAUGGAUGCUGUGAGACAGGCAGGAGUGGAGAGUAACACGCUGGUUUGGUUCACAAGUGACAAUGGUCCCUGGGAGUCUAAGUGUUCCUAUGCUGGAAGCAGCGGACCAUUCCUUGGUCUCUGGCAAAAAGAGAAAGAUGGUGGAGGUAGCACAGGAAAGCUGACGAUAUGGGAAGCGGGUCACCGAGAGCCGACCUUUGCCUACUGGCCCGGUCACGUACCCACUGGUCGUGUCUCCGAUUCCUUACUCAGUGCCUUGGAUAUCUAUCCCACCAUUGCAUCUAUAGCUGGUAUCCCGCUACCUAAGUAUCGUAGCUAUGAUGGAAUGGACAUCAAGGAUGUACUGUAUGGAGGAUCCAUAUAUGAGCGAACACUUUUCCAUCCAAACAGCAUGGCAUCAGGAAAGCUGGGAGAGAUUGGUGCCGUAAGGCAUGGAAACUACAAAGCUGUGUACCAAACAGGGAGUGUUCGACCAUCCUGUGACGGGAAAACCAGCUCACCAAAGUAUCGCAAUCCUCCCCUAAUCUUCAACCUCCACAAUGAUCCAGCCGAGUCCACGCCCCUCGUCCAAACCACUGCCGAAUACAAGGGCGCCCUCAACGUCAUUGAGUUGAGCCUCAAUGCAUUGAACAAUGACAUUACGAGAGACAAUACCACACUGGCAAAUUACAAGUCAGAUCCACAGUGUCAACCAUGUUGUAAUCCAAAACAUGUGGUGUGUCGUUGCAAUGACUAAGUUUUAUUUAUGGGCGUCAUUGC